ACAAACGGUCCGACAUAUACAGUUUUGGUGUGAUUAUGUCAGAGUUGGCCAGUGGCCGACCGCCAUUUGAACUGUUGAAAUCGAACCGUCGACUACUGCUCAACCUUAUAGUCAACGGCGACAGGGAUUCACCAAUAAUAUCCGGCGCACCGGUUCUAUUCACGCAACUCUAUCAACAUUGUUGGGAUGCGGACCCGUCCAAACGACCAACCAUCGAAGAUGCGGUGAAAUCACUUGCCAACGUCCACCCGGAAGAAUCCAAGAUUCACUCGAGACCGCCGACCGAAAUUAAAUUUCAGGAGGAACCGCACUCACGUCUACGCCGUUACAUUCGAACCGGCAAACCGUCCUCAUCCGUGCCCGCGAUUUCUCCGCGAGUAGACUCCAUAGGAUGGAUGGAUUCUACAAACGAAUUUUCGGAGUACGAUGUUAUCGAAAAAGAUGACUUGAAAGGAUACGCGAGAUAUUCGGGGAAAUCAACUUCGAUGCCAUCGAUCAAGGAUGCAUCCCCAAGUUCAAAACGCCGAGAGAAAGCGCGUAGCCUAAGUUUCGUGACGUUCCGAAAGUCCUCCCAGAGACCGAGAUCAUAUGAAAACGGCCUUCACCACUCGGUGUCACUGAGUGAAGGUAGCAGCAGCAGCAAGUCCGACAACGAAUACCCUGACAUGGGCGCAGGUUCAUUGUUGCAAGAUGGCAAUCAACCAAAAAUAAUCCUGAUCGCACGGUAUUGCCCAGUCAAGAGCAUCAUCAAAGUGCUUGAGCAAUUAAAAAGACAAGGGGCGGACCUUACACCGCGCGAGACCUACAAAUCCAAAUCGGUAUUUCAUAAUCUGAUUUGGAAUGACCAUUUAUUCGACGCGGUUAGGUUAAACCACUCUCAACGGAAGUUGGCAAAACACGAAAGCUUCCGAGUCGUCUUGAAAUGGCUCAUUUCAAACAACUUGAACAUAAAUGCCGCGGACGAUUUCGGCUGGACGACCUUGCACGAAGCAAUUUGGAAACGUAGGGAGCCCGGGGUGAUAUUGGCUUUACUGGAGAACCAAGCUAAUCCCAACAUACCCGACAAAUUUGGUGCGACUCCGUUGCAUCAAUGCUUUGACUUGUUGCGCAAGACGACACGCGACGAUGAGAAUCAACACAUAUUUAUUAUAAUGAGAAUCCUACUUCAACACGGAGCAGAUCCAAAUAUGAAACUCCCAGACACCACACUUACAAUUUCGGGAUCAUCAUUACCCAAUUGUUUGUUUGCUGCCGUUUACAUGGAUCUGCCGUUGGAUAUAAUAGAGCUGAUGAUCAAACGAGGAGCGGACAUCACGUCAGCAACAUUUCAGGGAUUACGCUUGAUAGAUUUCGCAGCGAAGAUAAACAACACCGUGGCACUAAA